UCUCCUGUGGAGCGAAUGUGCUUUGCUUCAUGCUAUCUGGCGCACUGGUGGUAUCUGCAUUCGCCACCAUCAUCAUCAACAAGACAAGAAAAUGGAGGUCAGAGCGUAGGUUGCACAAUAUAAAUGCUAGCAAAUGUGUAUCUCUAAAAGAAGAGUGCCAGUCUUCAUCGCUGACAAGCUGAUAUAAACAGAUAUUCUGUUUGAAAAGUAGUGUCUCUCUGCUAUGGAGGAGAGUGUGAGCCCUGAGCUGGCUCAAGCCCCAGAGCCUGAGUCCAGCCAGGAUCCAGUGGAUACCAGCUCACAAGAACCAACAUCAGUUUCAGAAGUCAAAGAUCAAAAAGACCAAGGUUAUGUUGGUGAAGAUAAAGUAGAGGAUCCUGAAAAAUCCACCAAGCCCUCUUGUGAGUUUAAGAAGACUUGGGGCUUUCGUCGGACUACCAUUGCUAAGAGGGAAAUCCCAGGAGAGAUGGCUGUAGAGACCCCAGAGGGCAAAGGUGCCCCGGUGCGUCGCAGCGGUAGGCAGGCUAAGCGCACUGAUAAACUGGAAGAGUUUCUGGUCACUGUAAAGCGUGGAAGAGGAACGGGAAGAAGGAGUGGUCCCUCACGGCUUGAGGGGGGGGAUCCUCCAUCUCAGACCCCAACCGAUGCCGAAACGGCCUCCGAAGCCAGCUUUGAUGGGAACGCUGAGGCCAAAACAGAGGAACAGAAAGUGGCCUCACCACAGAAAAGGAAACGGGGCCGAGGAAGGACAAGGAGAGCGGUCAAGCCUAAAGCAGGUGGUGAUUCACACAGUGAAGACGGCAGCUCUGAAAACGAGGAGGAUGCUGGAGGUGAAGUAACAAAAGAGACUCAAGAAAAUGUUGAGACUGGGGCCAGUGUUGAAGAUGGAAAGGAUGAGGAAUCAAAAGAUGAAGAACAAGCAAUGGAUGUGAAGAAAGAGGGGGAAGAUGGGGAGGAGGAGAAGGGUAAGAGCGAAGAGAAGUCCUCAAACGAGUCCAUAAAUAGACAUCCUACCAGGGCAGUCAGUAAAGACUUUAAAAAAGACACUAAACCCAAAUCAGAAGCAAAGCUUCGCAAAGAGAAUGAUGAAGAUGAUGAUGAUGAUGAAGAGUCACCGUCCAGUGAAUCCGACAGUGACGGUUAUGACCCUAAUGCACUAUACUGCAUCUGCAGGCAGAAACACAACAAGAGGUUCAUGAUCUGCUGUGAUCGCUGUGAGGAGUGGUUUCAUGGCGACUGCGUUGGUAUCACUGAAGCGCGAGGCCGACUGAUGGAGAGAAAUGGAGAGGACUACGUCUGUCCUAACUGCAACACACAGAAGGGACAGAUUCCCAAGGCCAAUGCAUCCUCUGCAGCUGCAGAUAAUGGCAAACGAUCAGUAGUUGGCCCUCGUAAAACCGAGUCCAGUCCUGUUGCAGGCAGCACAUCAGCUACAUCAAAUACUGCUGCAGCUGCUACAGAGGAGAAAGCUGCUGAUGACCUGGGCAUUAAGGGCAGGAUCGAGAAGGCUACCAAUCCCAGUGGGAAAAAGAAAAUAAAGAUUUUCCAGCCGCAGGUGACUGCAGCCGAGGAGUCUUCUCUCCCAAAGUGCAUCGGCCCUGGAUGUGAGAGAGAUGCCCUUCCCGACACCGUCUAUUGUGGGAAUGACUGCAUACUCAGACACGCUGCAGCCGCCAUGAAGACCAUCACCACAGAUGGAAAAGACUCCAAGCAGAAAGAAAGGGGCAAGCCCAAAAAGACCACAAAUAAAUCGCUGCAUAAGAAGGGUUCUGGCACUGAAAGAAGAUCCUCUAACCAAGCUGACAAGAAGGAAUCGGAGUCUGAGACUGAGAAAGAUGAGGAUGGCGAUGAUGAAGAUAAGCAUGCAGAGGAGCAUCCGCCUCCGCCAGCCAUGUCAUCCUGGUCCAGUGACCAUAAUUACAUUGCAGUAACGCCAGAAAAGGCUACACCCUUAUCAGCAUCUGUGUUAAACAAAGCGUCAGCUGCCCAAAAAGACAAAGAAAAGGAAGUCAAUGAAGAAGUCAAACCACAGAAGGAAACUCCAUCUGCUGACAAGAAAGCUCCUGCUUUAAAUGUCGCUCCCAAAGGUGGGAAGAAGUCUCCUGGCUCAAAAGGCAAAGGACCUGCUGCCACCUCUUCUCCUACCAAAGGCAAAACAAGUACAGCAUCUUUGAGCAGUGCCAGAGACUUGAGGAAACAGCCCCCACUACAAGGCAAAUUGAACAAGUCCAAGAAGCCAGGGACUCCACCUCCACCAAUUCCAGUCAUACUGCCGUCAGCCCCUACUGGAUCUCGGCUCCAUGCCUCUGGAGCUCUCCGAGUGGGUAAAAGCACCUUUACCAUACCCAAAAAGCAACCACAGACUGUGCCAAAGGAAUCUGCAGAGGCUGGUCCUUCUCCAGUUUCUAGAACCCCACCCUCACCAAUGUCAUCCACUCAGUCCAUCCAUCACCCAGUGUCUAAACCAACCCAACCUCCACCACCCACUGCUCCACCACAGCCACUCCCCAACAACCAGAUGAGAUCCAACAUCAGACGGUCACUGACUGAUAUCCUGUACAAAAGGGUGAGUGACAGUGAUGAUCUGUCCAUGUCUGAGAAUGAAGUGGGAAAGUUGGCGGUCAGCAUUGAGAAAGAGAUGUUUAACCUUUAUCUUAACACUGAUAACAAGUACAAGAACAAAUACCGGUCCCUUAUGUUCAACCUGAAGGACCCAAAAAACAAGGGCCUUUUCUAUCGUGUGGUUGGUAGUGAGAUCAGUCCUUUCAGGCUGGUAAGGUUGAGUCCAGAAGAACUUCUUUCCAAGGAGAUGUCAGAUUGGAGAAAGACCGAGAUCUCUGAGGAUAUGGUUGUGAGUGGGAGAUCCCAGCCAGGACAGCCCAAAACUGGAUCCAGACAAGAAGGUGCACCCCCAGAUGUAGACAUGGAGGAAGCUCCUCCAAUGUCUGAUGGAGAUGUAUGUAUGCCUGCCACUUCCCAAUCUCCCUGCUUGGCUUCUGCUGCUGAUCCCCAGGAGGACACACGGCCUACUUCUGCACCACAAGCCUCAAUCUCUACUGGGAAGGGCAGUGCAAUGCCAGAUAUCUUCAGUAGUAUGCUGAAAGACACUACAGCAGAGCACAGGGCUCAUCUGUUUGACCUAAACUGCAAGAUCUGUACAGGUCAGAAGUCUGCUGAUGAUGAACCACCGUCCAAAAAAAACAAAAUGUCUAUCCCUAAAAAGCCAGAGCCACCUAUUAAAUCUAAACCAGAGCCAAGGCCCUCUAAAGCUCCAGCUGUAGAACCUUCCCAAGUCUCGUCUUAUUCUGGUGUUGAGAUGGCUGUACUUGGUACUAUGACUGUGACUGAAGAUCCAAGCAGUGUCGUGCCAGUUGUCCAGGCCCCAGUCACUGCAGCUGUACCAGCAGUCUCCUCCGUUACAAUAACGCGAAGGGAUCCUCGAACUGCAGGUCACCGGUCAUCUCUGCCUGUGUCUCAGACUGGUCCUGAUAUUAAUAUUCCUACAAUGCCAGCCGCUCUCCCUGUUUUGGAGCCUGCGGCUGUUGAAACAAAGGGUCCAUUGCCUAUGCCCCCUGCCGCCCCAGCAUCUGUACCCAGACCAGUGAUGCAAAAACCAGGCUCUUCACAAGAUGUGCGGCACUACGGGUCCAAUACUGCCAGCAGUGCAUCACAACCCCCUCCUGAGGGUGAAACAGCUUUGUUCUUGUCUGGUCAGGAGAUGAUGUGGAAAGGGCUCAUAAACAUGCACACUGUUGCCAAGUUCGUCACGAAAGCCUACAUGGUUUCUGGAUCAUUCGAACAUAUUAAGGAGGACUUGCCUGACACCAUUCAUAUUGGCGGAAGAAUAUCACCACACACUGUGUGGGAUUAUGUGGGAAAGCUGAAGACUUCACUGUCAAAAGAACUCUGUCUCAUUCGUUUUCAUCCAGCGACUGAAGAGGAGGAGGUGGCGUAUGUGUCUCUGUUUUCUUAUUUCAGUAGCCGUAAGCGGUUUGGGGUAGUGGCUAACAGUAACAAGCGCAUUAAAGACCUCUACCUUAUACCUCUGAGCUCAAAAGACCCAUUGCCUGCAAAGCUCCUACCAUUUGAUGGACCAGGACUGGAGCCAGCUCGUCCCAAUCUCCUCUUGGGGUUGUUGAUUUGCCAGAAAGACAAGAAGCGUCCUGGAGCCCCUCUAGAGAAUGAGGAAAAACGUUCUAAAACUCUAAGGGACGAUGAAACAGGCCUUCCAAAACCAUCCAUUGUUGGUAAAUUUGAAAUUAAACAGGACAAAGGUCUUCGAUCUAGUCUUGAUGCCAUCAGCACAACUCCCCCAGACACCCCACCACCCCUCAAUGCCUCUGAGACUUCAAGUUCUGUUGCAACUUCUGUGUUUUCCAUCCUCUCCUCUGUGAAAACAUCUGGCGUCACCACUAGCACUGGCAAUAAUUCUCCAUCUUCCAAAGUCACUGCAGUCUCUUCCACACCGCUUCAGACCAUCCUGAAAACACUUUUUGGUAAGAAGCAGCAAGAUUUUGAUGUCUCGUUGUCACCUUCAGACCAAAGUGCUGGAGAUGUCUCUGUGCCUUCUGUGUCUCUGCUAGACCCAAUUGUACAGCAGUUUGCAAUAAGCAAGUGUAAAGAUGUAGAUGUACAGGAUGACCGACCAUAUGAUCCUGAGGAAGAAUAUGACCCAACUGUUGGCUAUGGUACAGAAAAAAUCCACGAUACAACAAAAGUGUCUGCAGCAAUUAAGCCAGCAGGGGUCUCCUCUGGUGUAGUGGAUGACAUUGCUUAUGACCCUGAGGAUGACUCUAUUUUUGAUGAUGUUGGGGUAGAUCCAGGUGCUAAGAAAUUAACUGAGCAACAGAAAGUGCUUGAAAACAACAAACAAAUUGAGGAACAGAAACGACAGUUAGAGGGGCAUGAGGAAUUAUUUCAUCAACAAAUACCAGAGACUUUGAUUUCUCAGCCAUCUCUGUUGGCUAACAGUCAGUUGUUGCAGCUUGGUAAAAAGGUUGAGGAAUUAGUGGCAAAUAGCUCAGCUGCUCCGGUUGUUAACCAGAGAAGAGACCCAAGGCAGAGUAGAGACCCUAGACAGGCAGCUGUAAAUAGAAGACAGACGUCUGAUUCUAUGGAGAAAGAGGAGCAAUCUCCUGUUACUACAGAUAAAUCUCCACAGCAAGUAGCAGUGAUAGAGACAACAUCAUCACAAGCCUGCACAAUCACAGACACUCAAGCAACACAGCUGGAAAAUACUGUUGAUACACCAGCAGGGCAACCUACGAUAACCACACACACGCACCUAUCGCAAGUCACUGCCACUUUGGAUUCUCAACAAGUGCAGCCUGCCAUUCUGAAACCAGAAGCAUCCAAGCCUGAGGAGGAGAGCAAAAGUGAAGUGGUGCCUUUUCUCAGUACAGAGACCAAUAUUUCAGAGAGUACAGAGGUUUCUAUUCCAUUAUUAGGGGAGAAGAUCGACCCCGAGUUAGUUGAAUGCUAUAUGGAAAAUGAACCUGUGGAGGAACCCAAAAUGAGCGAUGAACCCACUGAAUCUGAAAGUAAAAGUUUUGAGGAGGUUUGGCCUAAUUCUGCAAGUAUUUUAAAAGCUGAUCAAGUUUCAUCCAGUGGACAGCCAAUUGAGUCCACUGCAACCACAUAUUACAACAUUUCAACAAUCAGUACAUCAUCAUCUGCAUCUAAACACUCAAGGAUGCCACAAGAUAUCAUCCAGGAUGAGUCAUCUUAUAUGGAUUCUCACAGUUCCCAUAUACAACACAUAACGACAACAAACCCUCCUAACAUUCGAUCCCCAAUGUCCUUUCCUCCCCCUAUUGGGCCUCCACCCAUUCUUGGUCCACCUCCAUUGCAAGGCCCACCACCAAUGACUGUCCCACUACCCAUGCAUCUCCCUCCUCCAAUGUCAGGGCCACCACCAAUGCAGAUUCCCCCAAUGCAAGGUCCACCUCCACCUCUCGGAGGAAAUGAUCCCACUAAGUAUUCACCACCUGGAUCAUAUCCGCCUUACCAGAAUCAGUGGGGGAGCAGUUCUCAGUAUGAUGCUCCAAGAGGUCCAGCCCCCCCUAAUUUUACACCAAGAGGACCACCUCCAUUCCAACCAAUAGGUCAGAGAGGACCUCCUCCUCAGAUAUUUGAUAAUUCUAUGAAUUCAAUGCACCCUCAGCAUGUCAGACCAAGAGGCCCACCACCAGGGCCGCCACCACCCCCUCCCAACUUUGAUGGACAAAGAUUUAAUGGGCCUCCACCUGCUUUUAACUUCUCUGGACCUAGAGGCCCACCUCCAACAUUCCCAGGCCCCCCUUCAAAUCACUUUGAUAAUAGAGCCCCACCACCAUCCCACUUCCCAGGACCAAGAGGACCGCCUCCACCUCAUAACAUCGGGGACCAUAGACUGCCGUCUAAUAUGUCAAGAGUACCUGGUGAUAAAUAUAACGAUGCUGGAAGCUCAUAUCAUCAGGGAAUAGAACAACCCCAAAUACCCUCACAAGGGCCUCCUUUUAGGGGUCCACCACCAAACCACUUCGAAGGACGAAGAGGACCCCCUGGUCCUACAGGAGAUUUGUCGGGACAGAGAUUUACACCUCCAAACCAGUUUCAUGGUUCACCUCAACACAGAGGGUCAUUUGAGGAACCACGGGGGAAUUCGUCUCAAGACUUUGAAAGGCACUGUGGACCAUCAGUGCAGCAGUUUGGAGGGCCAAGAGGUCCUCCACCAGGACAUUUUGAUAAGGAAGCUGUCAGCCAGCCAGAACAAUAUAGUUAUAAUGAUGAUAACCCAAGUGAUAUUAGGCCUGUUCGUGGGCCUCUGCUUCCAACACCUACUGAUGGUCCCAUCCCAGUACAGGGCCGUGUAGGUGGGCACAGUCCAGACACCUACCGUGAUGACCAUUGGAGGCGGCAUUCCCCUGAAAUGAGGCGGCGAAGCUGCUCCACCAGAGAUAGUUCAGAGCCUCACAACCGUCCAAGUAGGUUUGAUGGUGGGUCACGUGACAGAGAUGUCCCCUCACGAUUGUUUGAAGAGAGGCAGUGUGAUUUGUCUGAAGACAGAAGGAGAGAGAGAGAUCGAGAAGCGCCACAUGGUGGGAGAUCAUGGGGCUGGAACAGGGAACAUGAGUGGGACAGAGGCAGAGAAAGGGAUCGUGAAAGAGAACAGAGCAGAGAAAGAGAGCGGGGUCGCAGCCGGGAAAGAGAAAAAGAGCAUAGCAGAGAGAGGGAUCGCAGUAGGGGCCGAGAGUCUGAGCGACACAGAGAUGGAGAUGGAGACAAGAGGAGAGAACGGGAUCGAGACAGAGACCGAGGCAGGGAGAGAGAGCAGGAUAGAAAAGACCAUGAUCGAGACAGAGCCAAGAACAGAGACCGAGAUCGAGACAGCAGGGACAGAAGAAGAGAUCGCUCAAGGAGUCGUGAACGAGAACGUGGAAAAGACCGUGACAGAAGAGAUAGGGGAAGAGACCGGGACAAAGAGAGAAGGAAGGAGAAAGACAGAGACAGACGGGACAGGAGCAAAGAAAAGAAUGAUUACAAAAGAGAAAGAUCUGACAACUCAAGGGCAAAGUCUACAGACUCUGAAACUGCAUCAUAAAAAUCAACAAUCUUGGAAGGACAUGUUUCUGAAUGUUUUUUUGGGGGUUUUUUCUUCUAAAUUUUGUGGAUUUGAAAGUUGUGCUUGAAACUCCCUUUUUGUACUCUUCUUGCUGAAUAUUUUAUCCUUUUUACAUUUAAAGUAAUUAAUGUUGAUAACAUCUUUAGGUGUACUUCUUAUGUGAUAAUUUUGUCAGCACAAAAUACACUCUCCCUGUACUGCUAUUUUACAAAAGAAAGUGAAAAAAGUAACAAAAUAAACCAAUACAUGUAAAUAUGUAUAUAUUUGUGUAUAUACCGGUACGUUUUAACUACUUUGUUUUUCUAAAUAGAGAAAUCGUAAGCCAUAUAGGUUUAAAAAAUAUAUGGAAAUGGUCUUCAGAAGAAGAAAGUCUUUGUAUGGUUAAAGCUUAUCCAGCAUUUAAUGAAUGUGUCCAUAGGCUAUUGUUAAUGAUCUUGAAGCCACUCCAGAUUACGGUGAUCAAAUAAAUCCUCUGUGAUUAUAAUGAA